AUGCGCCCUGAAAUUGAACAGGAGCUUGCUCACACCUUGUUGGUGGAGCUGCUCGCCUACCAGUUCGCCUCGCCCGUCCGAUGGAUUGAGACUCAAGAUGUCGUUCUGGCCGAACAGCGUACCGAGCGCAUUGUCGAGAUUGGUCCCGCCGAUACCUUAGGAGGAAUGGCCCGACGUACUCUCGCUUCCAAAUAUGAGGCUUACGAUGCCGCCACAUCCGUUCAACGUCAAAUUCUCUGCUACAACAAGGACGCCAAGGAGAUUUACUACGAUGUCGACCCUAUCGAAGAGGAGGAACCUGCUGCGGAGGCUACACCCACCGCCGCACCUGCAGCUGGAGGCGCAGCUCCCGCCCCUGCUGCUGCCGCCGCACCUCCACCCCCCAGUGCCGGCCCCGCGGCUGCAGUUGAAGAUGCCCCCGUGACUGCUGUGGAUAUUUUGCGAUCCCUGGUGGCCCAGAAGUUGAAGAAGAGCCUGGCUGAUGUGCCAUUGACGAAAGCUAUUAAAGAUCUUGUUGGAGGUAAAUCAACAUUACAAAAUGAAAUUCUCGGAGACCUUGGAAAGGAGUUCGGCUCUACGCCAGAGAAGCCAGAGGACGUCCCUCUGGACGAGUUGGGUGCUGCAAUGCAGGCUACCUUCAAUGGUCAAUUGGGCAAGCAGUCUUCUUCUCUCAUCGCCCGUACCGUCUCAUCCAAGAUGCCUGGUGGCUUCAAUAUCACAGCUGUUCGCAAAUACCUCGAGACUAGGUGGGGUUUGGGCUCGGGCCGCCAAGAUGGUGUGCUCCUGCUGGCGAUCACCAUGGAACCGGCUUCCCGUCUCGGCUCCGAUGCCGAUGCCAAGGCCUUCCUGGACGAUGUGACCAACAAGUAUGCCGCUAGCGCCGGCAUCAACCUCUCAGCUCCUACCGCCGGUGGUGAUAGCGGUGGUGGCGGUGGUGGCAUGAUGAUGGACCCUGCAGCUAUUGAUGCUCUCACUAAAGACCAACGCGCUCUGUUCAAGCAACAAUUGGAGGUUAUUGCUCGCUACCUGAAGAUGGAUCUUCGGGCCGGCGACAAGGCUUUCAUUACUUCUCAGGAAACUCAGAAGGCUCUCCAAGCCCAAAUCGACUUAUGGCAGGCCGAGCACGGCGAUUUCUACGCCUCCGGUAUUGAGCCAUCUUUCGAUCCCCUCAAGGCCCGUGUUUACGACUCCUCAUGGAACUGGGCUCGCCAGGAUGCUCUCAGCAUGUACUACGAUAUUAUCUUCGGUCGCUUGCAAGUCGUGGAUCGCGAGAUUGUCAGCCAGUGUAUUCGCAUUAUGAACCGCUCCAAUCCUCUCCUCCUCGACUUCAUGCAGUACCACAUUGACAACUGCCCUACCGAGCGUGGUGAGACCUACCAGCUGGCUAAGGAACUGGGUCAACAACUUAUUGAGAACUGCCGGGAGGUUCUCGAUGUCGCCCCCGUCUACAAGGAUGUGGCUCUUCCUACCGGUCCCCAAACCACCAUUGACGCCCGUGGAAACAUCAGCUACGAGGAGGUUGGUCGUGCUAGUGCUCGCAAGCUAGAGCACUACGUUAAGCAGAUGGCCGACGGUGGUCCAAUUUCCGAGUACAGCAACCGCACCAAGGUUCAAAAUGACCUGAAGAACGUUUACAAGCUGAUUCGCAAGCAGCAUCGCCUUUCCAAGGCCUCGCAGCUUCAGUUUGAUACUCUGUACAAAGACCUUCUGCAUGCCCUUGGCAUGAAUGAGAACCAGAUCAUGCCACAGGAGAACGCUAGUACUAAGAAGGGCCGCAACGCUCUCAAACGCACUGCCACUCGCCCUGGCAAGGUGGAGACCAUCCCCUUCCUCCAUCUCAAGAAGAAGAGCGAGCACGGCUGGGACUACAACAAGAAGCUCACCGGAGUCUACCUCAAGGUUCUGGAGACUGCUGCCCAGGGCGGUCUCACUUUCCAGGGGAAGAAUGUCCUCAUGACUGGUGCUGGUGCUGGUUCCAUCGGUGCGGAUGUCUUGCAGGGUCUUAUCAGCGGUGGUGCCAAGGUCAUUGUCACCACUAGUCGCUUCUCCCGUGAGGUCACUGAGUACUACCAGGCCAUGUAUGCCCGCUUCGGUGCUCGUGGAUCUCAGCUGGUUGUCGUUCCUUUCAACCAAGGUAGCCAGCAGGAUGUGCAGGCUCUCGUCGACUAUGUUUACGAUACCAAGAAGGGUCUGGGCUGGGAUCUGGACUUUGUUGUACCUUUCGCUGCCAUUCCUGAGAACGGUCGUGAAAUUGACUCCCUUGACUCCAAGUCCGAGCUGGCUCACCGUAUCAUGUUGACCAAUGUGCUCCGUCUCCUGGGUGCGAUCAAGACUGAGAAGGCCACCCGUGGCUUUGAGACCCGUCCUGCUCAGGUUAUCCUUCCUCUGUCGCCCAACCACGGUACUUUCGGUAAUGACGGUCUGUACUCCGAGUCUAAGCUCGGAUUGGAGACACUCUUCAACCGCUGGUACUCCGAGAACUGGAGCAACUAUCUCACCAUCUGUGGUGCUGUCAUUGGCUGGACUCGUGGUACUGGUCUGAUGAGCGGCAACAACAUGGUUGCGGAAGGUGUCGAGAAGCUUGGUGUCCGAACCUUCUCCCAGCAAGAGAUGGCCUUCAACCUCUUGGGUCUCAUGUCUCCUGCCGUUGUCGACCUCUGCCAGACUGAUCCUGUUUGGGCCGAUUUGAACGGUGGCUUACAGUUCAUUCCUGACCUGAAGGGCUUGAUGACCAAGCUCCGUACUGACAUCAUGGAGACCAGCGAGGUUCGCCAGGCUGUCAUCAAGGAAACCGCCAUUGAGAACACCAUUGUCAACGGCGAGGACAGCGAUGCUCUGUACAAGAAGGUCGUUUCCGAGCCUCGUGCCAACAUCAAAUUCGAAUUCCCCAAGCUUCCCGAUUGGGAGUCCGAAGUCAAGCCCAUCAACGACUCUCUCAAGGGUAUGGUCAACCUCGACAAGGUCGUUGUCGUUACUGGUUUCGCUGAAGUCGGUCCCUGGGGUAACUCCCGUACCCGUUGGGAGAUGGAGUCCAAUGGCAAGUUCUCUCUGGAGGGUUGCGUCGAAAUGGCCUGGAUUAUGGGUCUGAUCAAGCACCACAAUGGUCCUCUCAAGGGCAAGACCUACUCCGGAUGGGUUGACGCCAAGACCGGGGAUCCCGUUGAUGACAAGGAUGUCAAGCCCAAGUAUGAGAAAUUCAUUCUGGAGCACACCGGUAUCCGUCUCAUUGAGCCCGAGCUGUUCAAGGGAUACGACCCCAAGCAGAAGCAGUUGCUUCAGGAGAUCGUCAUCCAGGAGGAUUUGGAGCCUUUCGAGGCCUCCAAGGAAACCGCCGAAGAGUUCAAGCGCGAGCACGCAGAAAACGUGGAGAUCUUCGAGAUCCCCGAGUCUGGCGAGUUCACUGUCCGCCUUCGCAAGGGCGCCAACCUGCUCAUCCCCAAGGCUCUUCAGUUCGACCGCUUGGUUGCUGGUCAAAUUCCCACUGGCUGGGAUGCUCGCCGCUAUGGUAUUCCCGACGACAUCAUUGAGCAGGUGGACCCUGUCACCCUGUUCGUCUUGGUUUGUACCGCGGAGUCCAUGCUCUCAGCUGGUAUUACCGACCCUUACGAGUUCUACAAGUAUGUUCACCUUUCUGAGGUCGGUAACUGCAUUGGUUCUGGUAUUGGUGGUACCCACGCUCUGCGUGGUAUGUACAAGGAUCGUUACCUUGACAAGCCCCUCCAAAAGGAUAUUCUGCAGGAGUCUUUCAUCAACACCAUGAGUGCUUGGGUUAACAUGUUGCUCUUGUCUUCCACUGGACCCAUCAAGACCCCCGUCGGUGCCUGUGCUACUGCUGUCGAGUCCGUCGACAUUGGUUACGAGACUAUUGUCGAGGGCAAGGCCCGUGUCUGCUUCGUCGGUGGUUUCGAUGACUUCCAGGAGGAGGGCUCUUACGAGUUCGCCAACAUGAAGGCUACUAGCAACGCCGAAGACGAGUUCGCCCACGGCCGUACCCCACAGGAGAUGUCUCGUCCUACCACCACCACUCGUGCUGGCUUCAUGGAGUCGCAGGGUUGCGGUAUGCAGCUCAUCAUGACUGCUCAGCUUGCCCUUGACAUGGGUGUGCCAAUCCACGGUAUCAUCGCUCUGACCACCACCGCCACUGACAAGAUCGGUCGCUCCGUCCCUGCUCCGGGCCAGGGUGUUCUCACCACUGCUCGUGAGAACCCCGGCAAGUUCCCAUCGCCUCUGCUUGACAUCAAGUACCGUCGCCGCCAGUUGGAUCUGCGCAAGAAGCAGAUCAAGGAGUGGCAAGAGUCAGAGUUGCUGUACCUCCAGGAGGAGGCUGACGCUAUGCAAUCCCAGAGUGAUGAGUCCUUCAACGCCUCUGAGUACACAUACGAGCGUGCUCAGCACAUCGAGCGCGAAGCCUCUCGCCAGGAGAAGGAUGCUCAGUUCGCUCUUGGAAACAACUUCUGGAAGCAAGAUUCUCGCAUCGCUCCUCUGCGUGGUGCUCUCGCUACCUGGGGUCUUACUGUCGACGACAUUGACGUUGCUUCCUUCCACGGUACCUCGACUGUCGCCAACGACAAGAACGAGUCUGAUGUCAUCUGCCAGCAGCUCAAGCAUCUUGGUCGCAAGAAGGGUAACGCUGUGAUGGGUAUCUUCCAGAAGUACCUCACCGGUCACCCCAAGGGUGCUGCUGGUGCUUGGAUGUUCAACGGCUGUCUCCAGGUUCUGGAGUCUGGUCUUGUCCCCGGUAACCGCAACGCGGACAACGUCGACAAGGUCAUGGAGAAGUUCGACUACAUCGUGUACCCCAGCCGCAGCAUUCAGACAGAUGGUGUCAAGGCCUUCUCAGUUACCUCUUUCGGUUUCGGUCAGAAGGGUGCUCAGGUCAUUGGUAUCCACCCCAAGUACCUGUAUGCCACUCUUGACCAGGCUCAGUACGAGACCUACAAGAACAAGGUCGAGUCUCGCCAGAAGAAGGCUUACCGCUACUUCCACAACGGUCUGAUCAACAACACCAUCUUCGUUGCUAAGAGCAAGGCUCCUUACGAGGAUGAGCUUCAAAGCAAGGUCUUCCUGAACCCUGACUACCGUGUCAGCGUUGACAAGAAGACCUCCGAGUUGAAGUACUCAGCUACUCCCCCCAAGUCUGAAUCCCCCAGCGAAGCAAGCACUCGCCAGAUGGUCGAGUCCCUCGCCAAGGCCAACGCUACAGCGAACUCCAAGGUCGGUGUUGAUGUCGAAAGCAUUGACGCUGUCAACAUCACCAACGACACGUUCGUUGAGCGCAACUUCACUGCUAGUGAACAGGAAUACUGCCGCAAGGCUCCCUCGCCCCAGUCCUCUUUCGCCGGCCGAUGGAGUGCCAAGGAGGCUGUCUUCAAGUCGCUCGGUGUUAGCAGCAAGGGUGCUGGUGCCGCUCUGAAGGAUAUCGAGAUUACGAGCGAUGCCAAUGGCGCUCCCGUGGUUAACCUUCACGGUUCCGCCGCCGCCGCCGCCAAGGAAGCUGGCGUCAAGUCAAUCAACGUCAGCAUCAGCCACAGCGACUCUCAAGCUGUGGCCGUGGCCGUCUCGCAGUUCUAA